AUGUCGAACCGCUCUGACGAUUCGUUGGAUUCACUUUUUCAUUACGAGCCGAGCUGCAUAGAUGCCGAGGCGAGAGGUACGACAGAAUCCUCCGAGGCGUCUGUUUCACCGAGCUCUUCCAAUCGUUCAUCUGACGAGACGUCAAAUCAUGCAAAUCCGUCAGAUGUCGGCUCUCCGGGUGACGAGCCGUUGGUUUCGACGAGCCGUCCCCAGGACCCUGUUCCUGAUGAGGACAUUAAUCGCGCCGCACUUAAAGCCGAGGAGGAGGCAUUUCCCUUUGACCUUUUCGAGGCGAAGCGUGAAUUGGAACGUCUCAUGGCGUCCCAAGGCGCUUCCACAUCUGGGCGAGGGCCACGAUCGCUCGAGGCGUUGAGGCAUCGCUUUGGGAUAUCCGAGGCGGUGGAGUUCGUCGUUCCAGAGAAGAGCGACCGAGCCGACAAGCCUCCAGAGAAUCACUUCACUCUAUACGAGGCGUUCUUCGAGCUUUGCUUUCUCUGGUUCCCGAUUCCCGGAGUGAUCCUUGAAUAUCUCUGGAAACACGGGAUCUUGAUUGGGCAGAUUAUGCCGAGGGGAUUACGGCAUAUGAUUGGCAUUUUAGUUCGAAGCUUCGAAUGCGGACUUGAUAUCGAGCUGAAUCACCUGCUGAACUUGCUGGAAAUCAGGAAAACUCCGAAAGGAAACAGAUUCUGUAUUUCCAACAAGGCGAAGCGGCAGAUCAUAGGCGGUUUUCCCAGCAAGGAUCAGUUUUGGACUGAACGCUUCUUCUACAUCUUGGUGAACGAGGCGUCGGUCGGCGAGAAUUACGUUCAAAGAACCAAGACCACUUGGGGACUACUUGUUCGGUGCUUUCUUCCCCCGAUCCCCGACGACCUCUUUGUUGUUCGAGACUCUCUUUCGGCUCGGAAGGUCAAUUGGAGGAAGAAUUUCACCCUCAAGAGAGUAGAGAAAGCCCGAGUUAUCCUUGCCGGAGUCCCUGUCAGUUCUUCAUAUUCCAGCUCCACAAGGGAUACACGAGAGAAAAUGGUGAUAAUCGCUCUGAGAGAUAGGAAGAGGCGCGAAGAAGAGGCGGCCGCGAGACGAGCUGCCGAGGCGGCUCAAGCGCAGACCGAGGCGGUUCCAGCGCAAACCAAGGCCAUCCCUCAACCCGACCCGCCGAGCCGGGAAGGAGAUGCAGCGCCCGAGGUGGAACCGGGCAAAAUUAUUCCCGAGGUGUCUGGCGAUGAUUCGGCGGUGCGGAGCAAAACUCCUUCGAACUCCGCCAUUUUAGCCCUCCCGAGGUCGACGAGGCCCCCAACUUCAGUUGUUCAGAAACAUGACCCGAGCCGAAAACGUUCGGCCGCUGACAAGAGGAAAGACGUUGCUGUUCAGAAGGACGAGCCAUCCAAGAAGAGGCGGAAGCCGAUGCCCGGGGACCCCACCGUGCGCAAGUUGGUCGUUGACGACCCCGACGCCUCUGCCGUCAUGUUCUCGCGUGUAAAUAACGCGAACUCGCGUUUUCCUCCUCCGGAGAAGCUGAGGAGGUCGAGGUUGUACAGCGCGAUGGCACAGCGCGGUACCAAGUUUAUCGCGGCCAUUAAGGACCUGAUGACCGAGUACGAGGCGGACCUGUCUAAGGUCGAACAUCGCUUGGACGAGGCCCGAAAUGAGACCGCGGCGUCAAGGGCAAAGUUGGAAGAGGCUCAGAACGAAGCUGCGGCGGCAAAGGGGAAAUUUGACGAGGCGAUGUCCAGAGUGUCGAGGUUGGAAGAGGAGAAGAUAGUUCUCUGCGCCGACGUUGACAAAGUUUCCGCCUCGGUGAUUCGCCUGGAGGAAGCAAGGAGAGCCAAAAGCGCCGAGGUGGCAUUGCUUAAAAGGCGUCUUGAGGCCAAGGAUGCUCUGUUCGAAGCCAAGGUCAAACGUGCGAAGAAGGAGGCGAGGCGAGACCUGACUGCUAAGUUUCAGGAGCGCCUCACCAAAGUAGAGGAGGGUCUGGCUAAGCUCGAGAAGGCCAAGAACGACGAGAACGAUCUGGGGCAAAUCAAGGGCAACCUUGCGAUGAUUGCCGUCCUGAAGAAACCAGACGCUCCAACGCUCGAUGAUGAGGAGGCGCAGCUAAAGAGCUGGGAGAGCGAAUACGCCGACGACGACGCGUAUGAGCGCAUCGCCUCCGAGAUUCGAGGCGAGCUGGUUUUCUCGCCCGUAUCGCCGGACUCGGUCGACACCAGCCUUGAUAACGAGCCGCUCGAAGAGACAGCGGCCAACUUAGGCGUCGUAGAUCUGAACGGAUCGAACGCGGGUACGCCGGUCCUCUCGAACCUCCUUGCCGAGCGUGAAACACGGUCCACGGCCUGA